GAAACCGAGGCACGGAGCGAAGCCGCUGGCGGCGGGACGGAGGCGCCCAGCUCGGAGUGUUCAGACCUGUCAUGGAGCCUGUGUACGUCCCCUUGAGCCACCUGAUGAAUCCCAGGAUUACUUCAAGCAAAAUGGUACCACUCAGCUUUCCUCCAUCAAAGAGUAAGCUUUGGGAUCCAACUCCGAUGGGAGAUGUCAAGCAUUUACAUCUUAGUUACUACAGAAAUCCGAAGCUUGUGGUGACUGAGAAGGCCCUGCGUCUUGCUUAUCGUCAUGCUAAGCAGAAUGACCCAAAUUUGUCCUGUUUUUUGCUUGGGACACUCAUAAUAGAUGAAGAUGAGGAAGGCGUGAAGCUGAAAAUAGACCGCUUUGAUCCUGGUCGAGAAGUACCCGGAUGCCUCAUGAAAGUCCCAACUGCCCCCCUACCUGGAGACUUUGUGAUUCCAUGCACAGUUAACACUGAGGGGCUUUGCCCCACAGAAAUGAUUGUCCAUGAUGCUGAAGACUUUAACUCAGCCUUUCAGGCUCUGCAGCAGCAUUUGAGCAGCAAAGACUCCCUGGACUUCUGCAAGCUGCUCCGCCUGAGAGCUCAUGUGGAUUCCAGGGAGCACCUGGACAACCUGCAAUUUGACUUCCAUUGGGCAGCAGUCACUCCGGCCAGUUCUUUCCGAUGCACUCCGGUGAAGCCUCUCCCCAUCAUUCCAACAGCGCUGGCAAGAAACUUGAACAGUCACAUGAAUAUUGCCCAAAUUCAGGGAACUUGUAAAUGGGGGUAUCUUACCAUGGAUGAAACACGCAAGCUGUUACUGUUGCUCGAAUCAGACCCCAAAGUUUAUUCUCUGCCACUAGUUGGAAUUUGGCUCUGUGGCGUCACUCACAUCUAUAGUCCCCGCGUGUGGGCUUAUUGCCUGCGCUAUGUGUUCAGUGCGUCGGUCCAAGAGAGGGUUUUUUCCGAAUCUGGGAGUUUUGUCGUCAUUCUCUAUUCCCUGACACACAGAGAGCCUGAAUUUUAUGAGUGCGUUCUGCAAAAUGGCCAGGGAAGUGACCUCCGCUUUCAGUUACUAACCAACAAAGAAACUUUACAUCUUUUCAAAAAUGUCGAGCCUUCUCAGAAAAGCCUUCUCAAGUUUGAAUUGAGCUCAGAAAAUGCAACUGCAGAAGCAACAUUCUUUAGCCAAGUCUCCAGGAAUCAUGCCUUGAAGAGGGUUUCCCAGAAGGGAUCCCCGGCGCAGCAACUCUCUGUAAGUGACCAUGAUUCCGGGGUGGAAGAUGAAGAUUUGUCCCCACGACCAGUCCCUAAUCCUCACCCAGUGGGUCAGAAGGUAUCUGUCAUCCAUCCUUCAGUUCCUGAGCUCUCUCUGGUUUUGGAUGGUAGUUUUAUAGACUCAAGCCCACCGUCUAAUAACAGGAAGAUGGAGAAUUGCAAAAACAACCCUUCAUUGCUUCAGUCUUCAGGACAGAUUGGUGAUGAGAGACAGAGCCUCACUUUCGAAGCUGACCAGCCUCCUUUGGGGCGACUCCCAAGUCAGGCAGGCCCAGGAACCCCAGCUUUGAAAGCCCUCAGAGAAAAGCAGUUGCCUCCUCAUAGACAAGCUGGGCCCCAGACCAGGAGUCCUUCAGGGCUACUUUGUUCCUCUCCACCCUCUCCCUCAGGGCUUCCCAAAGUGUUAUCUCCUGAGGCAUCUGUGCAGAAACUCAAACAGCCCUCUGAGAACCUCAGCACUUCCUUGGAUGGAGACCCACAGCGAGGGGCUCUUCCAGUAGCAUGCUCCCCACUGGACUCCAGGCAGGCUUCUCCUUCACCACAGUGGCUCCCCCAUGGUUUUGUCCAUUCACCCCAGAACUUUGGCAGGCCCCCUGAACUUCAGGUGCCUGCUCCCCUGGCCCCAUCUUAUUAUCCCACAAACUUCUGUAGCUGCUGUCAGCAUCAUGGACAUCUGCAGUGUGGCCAAAUAAAUGUUUGGUCAGGGAUACAGAAACAUGGGCCCUUUCAAGAAAGUCACACUUUUCAAGAUGGUGGCUAUCCUUUUCAUCCAAAUGCCUGUCCGAAUGUAUGCCAUAAUCCUGUAAAUUCUUCAAGCAGCCCAAUGAUGCUGAGGCAGCAGGGGAGCGUGGGGAAUGGUAGUAAUAUAGACUUGUCACCUGUGGGAAGACUUGCCCCCUACACUAGCAGUCCACAGACUUGCCCAACCUGCAUGUCUUCACUCAAAAUGCAAACUGAUGAUGGGAUGAUGGGAUUGUCUCCAGAUGCCUACCGCUACGUUAAAGAGCAAGACCGACAAUUGAAGAUAAUUCAGGCUCAGAUUCAGCGUUUGUUAGAAGCACGGUCUCCUCACCCCUGCCCCAAGACAACCAAUGUGGAUGGUGCUCUGCAGGCUGAGCAGCAGGUAGAAUUUGUUUCAAUGGAGCCCCAAGCAUCUUCUGGCCAGCACCUGAGGAAAAGUGUGAGCAUCGCUGUGAGCACAGGGGCCAGCUUGUUCUGGGAUUCCGAGCCUGCAGAGCCCGCUGCUGCUCUGAAAGAGGAAGAUUCCAAGCUCUCGAAUGGAGACAUCCAUUUGUCUGUUAGUAUGAAUCAUGAUGCGACAGAUCAAACAAGCUUCACGUCUUCACUAAAAGCCGUGGAUAUUCCAAGUUUUGAAGAGAGCAGCCGUGUUGUGGAAGAAGAGACGAGUCCAUCCUCGGCUUUCUGCAGUGUUUCCUUGGCAGUAAGAAAGGAGCCGAAUGUGCCAAUAUUUCUUCCAAGUCCCUUGUUGGAAGAAAGUGUGGUUGUGGAUUCACAGCCAGCACCCACCGAGGAGCCCCACAGCCGAUCCCCAGCAGCAGUGGGUGAACCCCGAGCAGAGCCAAGCCAAGCGAGAGAGCCCUCGCCGUCUCUGCCAUCAGAUGAUCAGAAGAUUUGCCAGGAUUUGUUGGGUCAGGUAAACCGCGUGUUAAAAACUUUUUCCAAAGACACUGGGCCUGCAUGCACAGGAGUAGCGAUUCCCCGCAGUGGCGGCACUGAGGCCCAGAAUGGGGAUGAUGGAAAGACCAAAAGAACUGACCCCAGCCGGAUGGACAAGGACAGCGUCCUUCAUGCCACUGUUAAGCAGCUGAGAAACCUUGGAGUAAAAAUCGACUCCCCAAGCAAAAUGAAGAAAAAUUCACAUAAAGUGGACCAAGCGAGUGUCUUGGCGUGCAUCAGUCCUGAAGCGGUCCUCCCCGGAUUGAACUACAUGUCCUUUACUAACGUUGGCAUGAGUGGCUUAAGCCCCAAUGGGGUGGACCUGAGCAUGGAGGCCAACGCCAUCGCCCUCAAGUACUUAAACGAAAGUCAGCUCUCGCAGCUUUCCUUCAGUCGCGCAAACUCAAAUCUUUGCGAUUCCUCCUUUGGCCUUUUACACAUCAACACAGACAAAAACACGGUGGGGCUUAGUUUGAUUUCUCCAAACUUGUCGUUUGCAACCAGGAAGUAUAUGAAGAGAUACGGGCUGAUGCAAAGCAGUGACGGUAGUGAGGAUGAGGGAGAGACGGAGAAUACGAUAGACGCCGACGUGUUGGAAGUCACAACGAGUCAACGUUUAUCAGAUCCAACCCUGACACCUGGGCCCGAGCAGCUUCCCUGGCACAAGGACGUCCCCGGAAGAGGCGAGGAAGUGCUGGAUCUGAAAUACUACAACCAGGAGUUGGUGGGCGCACACUGGCUCCCCAAGCUCCCCAUGCCCGUGUUAAGAGACAUCACGAACGACGUGACCCAGCCAAAGGCCGGAGCUCCCCCUGAGGACGAAUCUGCUGCCUUCAUCCUGAAAGACUUGAAGAAAAACCCCUCCAUCAAGUUACUGCCUGGCAGGGCUGAGUUUACUCAGCAUCCUGAGAAGGGAAAUCAAAGGGACCCUCCAGGGCUUCCCGAAAGUUUUCAGCCUUCUGACCCACUCCAAGAAACGAACAACAUGAAUUCAGUGGGCAAAUUCUUAGACGUCAAGCGUCUCAGGCAGCUGCCCAAAUUAUUUUAGGUGUUGGAAUAACUGCCUGCCUUUUCUGGAUUGGGGCAGAGGGAGGGUGGGUCCUUGAGAGAGUGAGGCGGCCCACCGUAUCAGGUAGCACCUCUGCCCAGGGCGUGGGGCUCAGGCGGUCACCUCGCUGCUCAGGAGGUGGCCAGCUAAUGGAGACACAGAGCCCUGGCUGUCGAGGAGGGCCCCUCUUCAGUCACCAGGCAAGCGAGGCGUCCGUCCCGGGGAGGGAACACUCGUGUCCACUCCCCAUCUAACUGGUUCUUUCAUCAGGUACAUUGGGAGGGAAGGGAAGGCAUUUUAUCCAGUAUCGUGGUAAAGGUCGUGUUCUCGCCGACUGUUAAAAUAAAUUCAUUCUCAGGUGGCUCCUAUCUCUGCAUUAGAGCUGGAGAAUUAGGCUUCUUGGUUUCCUUUCUGCUGAAAAUGCAUAUUACUUAAGGACUAUCCUUCUGUCUUUCCUCUUAAUUAAGAUACUUGUUUGUUAAAAAUCUUUAGGAAA